AUGCCCCAAAAUGAUGGGUGCAUUAUCGUCGGCCUCACAGUUGAGAAUAAGGAAAUCAGUGGGAAAUAUAAACUUUUCAACUUUUACUAUGGCAUCUUAAAUUCUUCCCUCAGGAUGAACCUGAGAUGUGUCAGCAUAAGAUGCAUAAAGAGCUGGACAUCUUCACCUCCUUCACCUCGCUGGAAAGUUGUAGAUUUUUUCAGCAUAUUUGUUAUGGUGGAAAUUUGGGUGGACAUUGAAUCUUUAGCAUCUAAUUCAAAUGUCCCAGAUCAGAAAAUCUCUUCCCGUGGAAAUCCCAAGCAGAAAGUUGUGUUGGAAGCUUUGGUUGCGAGGAUUUUUGCUAGUGUUACAGCCAUCAAAGCUGCUUAUGCAGAGCUUCAAAUGGCGCAAAACCCAUGCAACAAUAGCGCUGUCCAGGCUGCUGAUGAAGCCAUCGUUGAAGAACUGAGAACACUCUUGGAGUUAAAGCGAAAGUUCUUGAAGAGAGAGCUUGAUCUUUCACCUCUAAUCACUUUAAUGCUUGCAGAAAUUCAAGAACAGCAGAGCUUGAUGAAGACUUAUGAGAUCACAAUCAAGAAACUGGAAUCUGACGUUGAAGCAGAAGGUUCAGAGGUUGAUUCACUCCAUAAGCAGUUCAAAGAUCGCCUUGCUUUUAACAAGUCCCUGGAGAAUAAAUUAAAUGCUAGCGGGCCGUUAUCGAUGUUCGAUAAUAUCAACAAUAUUUCAACGCUGAAUCUGAGUCAUUUUCUUCAAGUUUUGCAUAAAGCUUUGCGAUCGGUUCGUAGUUUCGUGAAAUUGAUGAUCAAGGAAAUGGAGUUAGCGAAUUGGGAUCUCGAUGCAGCGGCUAAAGCCAUUGAAUCGGGUGUUGUUUUCGUUAAACAAAAUCACAGGUGCCUCGCAUUUGAAUCUUUUGUGUGUAGAACAAUGCUUGAAGGCUUCAAUCUCCAUGAUUUUUGCCUCGGCAAAGAGCUUAAACCUAGAAAAACAGACCCGGUGAAGCAUUUCAAUGAAUUCAAGGCCCUGAGAUCAGCAAAUUCAAAGCUGUUUUUAGCUCGAAAUCUAGAUUUUUCUUUCGGGAAAUUCAUUAGGGCCAAGUAUCUCAACCUUGUGCACUUUCGUUUCAAGUGUUCGUUUUUUCAUCAAGAAGGUUGA